AUGGCCAACAACUACACAUCCAGUGAAGAUUCUAUCUUGCCUUUCUACUUUGAUGCAAGGACUUUCCAAGGAGACUAUUAUUGGGGACUAGCCGAUGAUUUGGCCAACUCUGACAUUGCUUGGCGCUGUGAUCUGAAGAACGCUUUCUAUGCGGCCACCAACCUUUACAGUGUCUAUGAAUUCGGCACCCGGGUGAAAGCCAUUGAUGACAUGGUCUUCAUUCAAAUGACGGUCUUCCCAAUGUGGUUCUUUUUCUUCGACUACCUCUUUGUGGAAAAGCGUUCCAUGAACGACAAGCUCACCUUUGCUUUGAUCAGUGUCGUCCUUUUGGCUGUGGAUUCAGUGACGCCUUCUUCCAGCGUUCCAGAAUUUCACCUACCUCACAUGAUUGCACAUGCCCUCAAAUCUGUUUGGGUGGGACGCUUUGUCGCGAUGCAGGCCCCCAACACUGUUUCUGGCAAAACUUGGGCAAAGAAAACUGCCUAA